AAGGAUGAAAACGAGCGCCAUCGCCAUAGCGAAGACGCGGACCCAAAAAACGAGCAAAACUGAGUAGUUGUGAGACCAGUAUCUAUAAAGUAUCACACUAAAGUAUAAGUAUCUCGAAAUGGUUUUGCGAUGAACUACUCGUAUGUCAGUAGUAAUCGUAUUCGUGUAUUCUCGAAUAGCUCGUGGUCGUGUUCGACGAUUAAUAUAGUAGUGCUUGAUGAUGUUGGUCAUUUUUUGUUGCGAUUCGCCAUCAUAUUCAUAAUUGACGUGUAUUUGAAACGUAACGACAGGAAGUACCUAUACUAGAUUCUGACCUCUUAAGAUUAGAGUUAGACCUUCCUCCUGACACAUGACUGAUUGAAAAUUACCCCCAAAGUCCAUGCCAAUUAAUAACGAAGAGACUCAGGCUUUUUGAUUCUUGUUCGAAGUCUUCCUCGUUUGUCUUCGACUGUGAUGUUAAAUAUCCUUUCUCUCGUAAAUUCGUACCUCGAACUCGAUACUCAACAUUUUUGCAUGCCUAUCUGUCCAUGAAUUCGUAUGAGAGUACACACUACUCCUGCAUCAGACAAACACGACAACAAAAUCAAAACGGAAAAAAGGCCGGCAGCCUCUGUUCCUAUGUGGGAGCGGGGACUGACCCAGGGCGAAAAAAAUGUGAAGGCUUACGGUAUCAAGAGCAGUAACUAGAAAAUGAUCGAUAGAAUGGAACUAGUAUGGCAAGGCGGCGACCCUGAUGGUGGCCCGCCGCCAGCUUCCUCGUUGCCCCUCUUGUGGGCGGACAAGCCUACGCCGUCGUUUCCGUCUCGUGUGCGACGACAGCCACCACGAUACCGUAACUGCGGACGACGGGUCAUUGCAGCUUCCCUCUUUCUGCCUGCCUCCGUCUGCGGGGGCGCGGCCGGCACGAGUGGCACGGAAACAUCUUCAAAUAACAUGGCGCAUACUUCUUCUUCCGCCAGCGCCGCUUCUCUUACAGGUCGGUCGAUGACAGCGGCACAAAUCGAUGAACGUAGUGACCACGAUAGGUUGGGGAGUUCUAAAGGGAGGCAGCUUCGGCACGAGGAGCAGGAUGUACUGCAUCCGCCAGGAGGAAGAAUUUCAGCGGCAACUACACGAGGGCUGGAGGCCGUGGCUGGUGUAGAUCCCCUACAUGAUUCCAGCAAGGAUGAACAUCCGUCAAAAGAUGCUCCAGCAGGACGAGGAGGCGAAGAGCAGAAUGAUGGACAGGAGAGACAACUCGGGCAGGUCGAAGAAGAGGAAUUCCGUGUUUCGCAUCCUGUAGAGCUUAGCUCGGUAAAGCACGCAAUAGCACGAGCUCCGCCUAUGGCACGGAUGUGCCACCGAGGGUCCACGAAUCCUGCCUGUGCCCACUCAGCCAGAAAUCUCAAGAAAUGGGACGAGGAAAAGCUGAACCUUCAAACGGAUUCGCACCUGGCAGCACCCGGAGGUGUCGCGCAAGAUAUCCGAGACGAGCAGGUACGUCUAGUUGUACUACACACAGGACAUAACUACAGAUUAGUUGGCCUGCUUUUGUGUCGUUGACUCCUGAGUGAUCGAUGUUGGACCACAGCUCAACACUCAUUUCCUCAAUUGUAUCCUUUCCCCCAAAAAACAUCAGACACUUGCUGCGGCGGCAUUAAGACAGAGCCCAGAUGGUGCGCAGGUGGACAAAAAAAGUCGACAUCUGGCUGCUCACACAGCCAUGACGGUACAGCCUGGUCACAGAAUAUACAAGCGUAUCAAAAGUGGGUCACUUCUGUUCGCAGAUGCAAACUAUGUGAAUGUAACGACCCUCAGAAAUACAACCUUUCACUUGCCAGUGCAGCCUCCAAGCGUCCGGAUAUACCAGCCUCUCGUGACAAAUCAGCCAAGUACUUCGAUUCUCUCUCUCGACUAUGCGUGGCUUGCUGGCUUUCUCUAUCCCAUACGUUCUUUCAUCAUAUGACAUAUUUAUUAAUGUCAAGUUUGCAGCUACUCUUUUCACUCCCUCCCCGUAUGUAUUUUUGUUGUAUUACUAGACGACUUCGACUUUUCACUUCCGUCCAUCCCUUCACUCUCGUCCUUGGUGAUUUACUACACAUAAUCGUUGUUCAUCACUCUAUUCUUCCUUCUACUGCCUUACAGGCAUUAAUAAUCGCAAAUGUCAAGAUUGCUUUAUCAGAAUCUUUAUCGUAGAAGUUAGUAGAUGAAAAUGAAAAACGACUCUUGCUGUGGACUGUAGCCAGCAAAUCAAUGCGAUAGUGAUUGUUACUAGACUUAAGCGCUCGGCAGCACUCCUCCCACUAGAAUCCUCCACCCUCUGCACGCACUUCCCCCGCCAUUGCGUGGCUCAGCUUUCCCGGCUCCUUCCCCGCGUGACAACCGUCUGGCGGAGUUGAUCGGUGGAACGGCACAAGAGUCGGGCUCUGGGCGGCCUGCGGCCAUUGAAAAGGCACGCCCGGAAAUGGUCGGCCCGGGAGUUUGCUGGUCUUCUGUUAGGUUUGGCAUCUUUGCGGAAAGCUGAAGCUUCUAAGUUUCAAACCUUUAGCAUUCGCCUACUUGGAAGAAAGUUCAACACUUUUCAUCUAAUUUUUUCAAUGUUUCGCUUUCUAUGAUAAGAACAAAAACUUUGCUACUUUCGCAAUUUCAAACUUGAAGCUUCAGCUUAAAACUUUUCAAAAUCCCAAAAUUUUUGAUUUUGUGGUCCAAAAAAUGAAUUUAAAUGCCAGGGUGGCGCGUUGUAGGCUUCAAGCUGAAGCCCUGAAGCCUCAAGGCCGUAGCUCCUAAGUGUAGCAGUUACCUACAGGAACUCACUGGCUCAGGGGGGAGCUAUCUACAAGGAUGCCACGCCAUGCCCAUGGGCUCAUAAGUUCAAGAGUUCGCGAGUUCAUGAGUUGCGGGCUGGGGGUUCGGGAGUGUGAGGCUGAGAGUUUGGCGGGGUAAUUGUUGACUCUUUCCUUGGCUCUUUAAUAUUUUCUAAAGACUAUAAGUAAAAUAUAUAAUUAUUCUCGUCCUGCUCACAAAAUUACAGCGAGUCUACUGAACUACGCAGAGCCGUUUCAGAUUUCUUUCGAAGAGCUGGACCAGGAGUGCAAGAAUGCGGUGACAAAUUUUGUCAUCUAUGAAGGAAUCACUUUUGCCGCCGACGAAUGCCGCAGCCACUGCCAGCUGAAGCCUUUUCACACAUCAUGGCCAGCAGCUUGUCAUCACGAUGUCUGCGAUCUCUGGGUAAAGAUGCUCACGAAAGAGUCGACGGGGAUUGCACCAUGUCGAAAGUAUUGCAUUUUUCGUCGAAAAGCACCUUUUUCUAUUUUUCUUUACAACAAAAACAACAGACCUGCGUUUCUUCUGCUAGAGUAACGACACGAGUAUCAAUGUGCAUCACACGACACACACCUUCUUUUUACUUAGGUACAUUUGCUACAUCGCUCCGUACCUUGCCGGAAACACUGGACAUGAUAUGAAUCACCACUGUGGGGCUCGGUUUCUCCGUGACGCAUAUACUUUCUGCGACUGGACACAUCGAGGAGGCUCGAUGUGGGCGGGUGCAAAUUCGCGCGUGCCAGGACAGUUAACUUACCCAGUGAGAGCACAGUACGGAUCGUAUCCCGUUCGAGCGCGAUGGGCCGAUCUUACGAUAGAAGAAAAGACCGAGUUCACUCAUCUUGGUUGGGCAGAGCAGACAUGGCCAAACAGACGAUUUACGCUCAUCUUCGCAGGAGACAGCGCCUAUGAUGUCUACGCAGGCAACGUACUUUACUUGCAACUUCAAACAAGAAGAUAAUGACACACUAGUAGAGAUGAUUCGUGGUGGCAGAUGAAUUAUGUUGAUGUAUAUCAUCGAUCUAGGCCAAGAUAUAGGAACACGACUCAAAGAACAGUUGUUAGUCCUGUAGUUAAAAUUUUGAACCACUAACUAUGGAUCACUAAACACAACGACCAACAGACAACUAUGACUGUGAAGAAGAGUUGGUACAGUAGCUGGGCGCCCAGUAGCGAAUUCAUGUGUUAUGAGGAACUCAGUGAGGUGCAGAAAGAUGCAGCAAGAAAGUUGCACUACACCAUCGAUGGAUGGCACGCGAACGCAGAUAUUCCCGGUCUCAGAGACCACUGCGAUUGGCCACAGUACCUGGCGAACGAAGGCGUCUAUCGCGUGGACGGGGAACUGUACUGGAAUUUUGUAGGACAUUUAGUGAAGAUAGACUCAUACCAAGAUGAAGAUCCUAAACAUUUGUAGAAAUUUGAAUUUUUUCAGAUUCAGUGGUUAAUACAGUAGGUACUGUUGAUACUGGUUCCGUGCGUGAGAAGAUGAUGGCAAUAUUACGAGUGAUUCAUCAACACCAGAUACGACUGCAUGAAGUGGCGAGGGUAUCUAGAGCGCGCGUUGCACAGGCAAUUCAGUAUCCAACCUUGGAGUACCAUGACAGUACAGCGCCGAGAAGCUUACACUACUCUAGGGUACAACACACCGCAGUCCUGGGAUCAGCGCAACAUGCCAGACACGUUUGUCAUGAAAUGGGAUAAGCUCACGACCAGUCAGCGCGGCGCAGCAGAAUUUCUGAUGUACACAGAAGACACCUGGAAUGGAUGCGCGCAAGAGUUUUGCAUCUAUCGACUGCUGUACGCAGAAUCCCUGUUGAUUCCGACUAGAUCCACUGAUUUCCGCAAAAUCGACUGGAACAUGUUUGCAGAUUUCCAGAAGGUGCAUCUAGAACAAUUGGGCUGGCAAGCCGAUAGUUGGAACGACGGUGGGCCUAUCCCAGCGACCAUGUACAGAACAUGGAACGAGCUCACACCAACAUUGCAAACAAUCGCGAGGAAAUACGGUAUAGUUUACUGUACCUGGAUGCUUGGGCUUUUAAUGGCGUUGGUUGCUUGCCUAAUUUUUAAUGCUGGUCAUCAUAUUUUACUAGCCUGCGUACUUCCAAGAUCCAGCUCGACAAACAAGAAUGCACUUUCAAAAGAGUUGUUACGAGGCUCCUAAUUGCUCACGAUCUCAUUGCUACCUUUUACAACUCAACCCAGGUCACAGCGAAGACACAUGGGCAAGAUGCCCGGACACGCCUUGUCUGAUGAAAUAUGACUACAUCCAGCGCAAGUACACUGGGCCUUGGGCGCGCUUGUCUCCUCGAGUGCAGAGAACAUUCAUCAAACUUGGGUAUUACUACUUUUUCUAGUGACUAAGUAGCAUGUACAAUACUUACUCUACUUCCUCUGCUAACUAAUUUUAGACGUCGUUGUAUCGCACUCACUGUCGUGACAAUGCGUCAAGUCACGAAGUCACCUCAGGUGGACACAGCCGAUGUGGGACAACAAGCAAGCGGGAAUUUCGCAGGAAAUGCCAGAUACCUAUCGAAAGCUCUGGAAAGACUUAUCUGUGGAUGAGGUAGUUAUUUGUUCCGAUUUCCGCUCACGAGAUGCAGCUAAUACGCUCAGAGCCUUGAUGUUAGCAUAAAACAUGAAAAGCAAGAACAUCAUCCAUUUUCAUCAUGAUCUGACUGUGACUCUGACCGUUACUUAAGAACGGCAUCUGCCAUGUUGAUAAAACAACUACAGCAACUAGAUGCAAUGUUUUUCGAUUACGACGAGUUUUCGUGGAACGGAUGCGCCGGUGCGGACCAGCCACAGACAACGACACUUCCUCCACCUUCAACCGCCGACCCGUUUAGAAGAAUUCGAGCGCGACUUUAUAUGCCCCGAAGCUUCAACGAGAUUAUGUCUGUCCAACCUACGAUGACUGACACAACGACACCGGAACCCGCUGUAGCGUUAACAGGCGAUGCGUUCUCGACUACCAUUGCGCCAGAUACGACGACUGGGUACAGCGUGUUCGUGCAGUUUGUUUUGACACUGUUGAGUUCGAUAGUAGUUGUGCCUUUUUCUUAUUUUUUAUUUUUUCAGAACUACGCGAAGGUAGCGCUUUCCUUACUAGACUUAAGCGCCCGGUAGCACUCAUCCCACGAGAAUCCUCCACCCUCUGCACGCACUUCCCCCGCCAUUGCGUGGCGCCGCUUACCCGGCCCCUUGCCUACGGAGUUGACCGAUGGAACAGCACAAGAGCCGGGCUCUUGGCGGCCUGCGGCUAUUGGAUCGGCAUGCCUGGAAAUGGCAGGCUUGGGAGCUUGCUGGCCUUCUUUUGGGUUUGACAUCUUUGCGCUUGCGGAAGGCUGAAGCGUUCAACUUCGACGCUAGCAAGUUUGUCCGAGAUUCAACUUCUUGGAUUUGAGAACUCAAAUCCAAAAACUCUCGACUUUCGCAAGUUUUUCUGGCAUUCAAGUUCUUAGAUUUGAAUUUCUCAAAUCCAAAAGCUUUUGACUUUAGCAAGCUUUUCGGAAAUUCAAUUUCUCGGAUUUGGACGAUUUUAGCCAGUUUUUCUGAAAUUCAAUCCCUUGGAUUUGAAUUGCUCAAAUUCAAAAACUUCCGACUUUUUUUAGCAAGUUCGUCUGACGUUCAAUUUCUUGGAUUUGAAUUGCUCAAAUCUAAAAACUUCUGACUUUCGCAGGUUUUUCUGGAAUUCAACUUCUUGGAUUUGAUUCGCAAGCUCUCGGAAGUUCUUAAUGUCAUAAGUUCACAAGUUCCUAAGUUUGUUGCUAAGAAGGUUGGGAUGCUUAUGAGCUCCUAAGUUUAUGAGUUCCUAAGCUUAUGAGUUCCAUCCUAUUAGGACUAGUAGUUUAUGAGUUCUUCAGUUUAUGAGUUCAUAAGUUAGUUUAUGGGCUCGUAAGUUUAUGAGUUCAUAAGUUUAUGAGUUCAUAACUCGUAAGUUUCUGAAUUCAUAAGUUUCGGAGUUCAUAAGCUUCUGAGUUCCUAAGUUUGUGCGUUUAUGAGUUCACAUAAGUUUAUGAGUUCUUGGCUUCAUGAGUUUGGGGGGUUUGAGUUUGGAGAGUUUGAGUCUGGAGCGUUUGAGUUUGGAGCGUUUGAGUUUGGCGAGUUUGAGUCUGGAGAGUUUGAGUCUGGAGGGCUUGACUUUGGAGAGUUUGAGUUUGGGGAGUUUGAGUUAGGAGAGUUUGUGUUUGGAGAGUUUGGAGGGUGCAAGUCUGGGCGGGUUGUUGUUAAAUUUUUCUUUAGCUCUUUAAUACUAGACUUCAGCGCCCGAUGGCUCUCCCUCCACUAGAAUCACCCACCUCCCUCGAGCAUUUCCUUCGCCAAGACGCGCCCCCCCCGCUCCUCUUCCGCCAGCUCGCGACGCUUUCCCGGCGAAGUGGUCCGCGCCAGAGGAGCCGGAACAGAGGCGCCGCGGAAUUUAACAGAGGAGGCCGCUCCGUUCUGUCUCUGAGGUUUUUGAGAUGUCUCAAGGUUUGCUUGCUUUUAAAUUUAGUGCAGGGCUUUGGGUCGGGAUUCUUGAUUGCGAAGCUUCGCGCGCAAGUCUUUGAGGUGGAGACUUGGGGCGAGAUUGAUGAAAGGCUUUGGCUAGCAGCUUGAAGCUCGCGGCCGCUUUCAGUGUGAAGCUUUGGACUUCGGCUUUCAGUGUGAAGCUUUGAACUUCGGCAAAGCUCGAGGCGUAGGGCUUCGGGCUUGGCGCUUUCAUUUUGAAGCUUUGGACUUGCAGGCUGAGGCUUUGGACUCGAGCGAAGUGCCGGGCUUGAAGGGUUUGGCCAGAAGUCUUGGAUCUGAGAUUUUGGGUCUGAAGUUUUGGGCGUAAGAUCCUGGAUUGGAGGCCUUGGAUUGGAAACGUUGGACUGAGUCUUGGCUUGAAGUCUUGGCUUUGAAGUUUUGGGCUUGAAGCCCUGGGCCUGAAGUUUGGGGCUUGAGGCCUUGAGCCUGAGGCUUUGGGCUUGAGUUUUUGGAUUUGCGUCCUUGAAUUUGAAAGGUUUGAAGCUUAGUUGUGGUUGACAAAGUCAAAACUUUGCAGCUUUUGCGCAAAAUCGCAAAGCUUUUGGGCUUUAUCGCUUAGGAUCUAAAUUGGUGAGCAUUUGGCUCGAGUGUAUUUGGCUCGAGUGUUUCUGGUCUGAGUGUUUUUGGUUCAAGUUCUUACUUUUGGCUCAAGUGCUUUCGCUUUCGGUUCAGGUGUUCUCUGUUCGGAGCUUGGACUUGGAGGGGCGUUGUUGAUUUUUCAUUAUGCGUGAGGGCUUAGGGUCUACAGGCUAUCGAUUUUAGCAAGUUUGUCUGCCAUUCAAUAUCUUUUAUUCAAAUGGAUGCCUCAAGUCCAAAAGUUUUCGAUUAAUUUUAGCAAGUUUGUCUGAGGCUCAACUUCUUGGAUUUGGAUUCUUCAAGUCCAAAAGUUCUCGACGGACUUGAGCGAGUUCUGCCGAGGUAGGUUCAAUUUCUUGGGUUUCAAUUUGCCAAGUCUCAGAGUUUAUUUUUGACUUUAGCAAGCUUUUCCGCGAUUCAAUUUCUGGGAUUUCAAUCGCCCAAGUCCAAACGUUUCGGAUUUUGCCAAGUUCUCCGUAAGUUCUUCGUCGGUUCUUCUUAUAAGUUCUUCCUAAGUUCUUCAGAAGUUCCUCAUAAGUUCCUCAUAAGUUCCUCAUAAGUUCCUCAUAAGUUCCUCAUAGGUUCUUCAUAGGUUCUUCAGAGGUUCUUCAUAGGUUCUUCGUAAGUGCUUCAUAAGUUCUUCGUAAGUUCUCCCUAAGUUCUUCAUAAGUUUGCUCGCCAUAAGUUUUUCAUAAGUUCUGCGUAAGCUCGUCAUACGCUCAUCGUAGGUCCUUCAUAAGUUCAGAAGUUCAUAAGUUCACGCGUUUGAAUUUAGAGAGUGCGAGUUUGGCGGGGUUGUUGUUCUUCAUAAGUUCGUAAGUUUAUGAGUUUGAAUUUAGAGCGUGCGAGUUUGGCGGGGUUGUUGUUGAGUUUCUUUUCGAGCUCUUUAAUACUAGCUAUGGGCGCCUAAUAACAUCCCUCCCACUAGGAUUUCUCUCCUCCCGAAAGUAAGAAAGUAGGCGCGGCCUGUCUGCGUGGGUUUUGCUCGUCUUGUCUCUCUUCUUUCUUCAUCUCAUGGCCGAAAAUUUUCCACGUUUUUCCGUCGUCUUGGGAUUGAAUUCACUGGGUUGGAAGUGCUAAAAUCCCAAAAUUUUUGACUUUAGGCACUUUCUGCGAGAUUCAAUCCCCUGGGCUCGAAUUUUUCAAAUUUCGAAAAUUUUCCACGUUUUUUCGUCGUUUUGGGAUUGGGGUCUGCGGCUUUGAAGUGCUAAAAUCCCAAAGCGUUCGACUUUAGACCCUUCCCCUGGGAUUCAACUCCCUGGGCUCGAAUUUUUCAAAUUUCGAAAAUUUUCCACAUUUUUUCGUCGUUUUGGGAUUGAAUUCCGUGAGUUUGAAGCGCUAAGCCCUAAAGCUUUUGACUUUAAGCACUUUCGCCGAGGUUUAAUCUCCUGGGCUCGAGUUUUUCAAAUUUCGUUUUGGGAUUGAAUUCUGUCGGCUUGAAGUGCUAAAGUCCCAAAAUUUUUGAAUUUAGACACUUUCUCUGAGAUUCAACGCCAUGGACUCGAAUUUUUCAAAUUUCGAAAAUUUUCCACGUUUUUCCGUCGUUUUGGGAUUGGCUUCUGUGAGUUUGAAGCGCUAAAGCCCCAAAGUUUUUGACUUUAAGCGCUUUCGCUGAGUUUUAAUUUCUUGGGCUCGCAUUUUCGAAAUUUUUUAUAUUUUUUCGUCGUUUUGGGAUUGAAUUCCGUGAAUUUGAAGUCCUAAAAUCCCAAAAUUUUUGAUUUUAGGGCCUUGCUCUGACAUUCAAUUUCUUGGAUUCGAGUUUUUCAAAUUCCGAAAAUUUUGCGCGUUUUUUCGUCGUUUUGCGAUUCAGUUCCGUGAGUUUGAAGUGCUAAAGUCCCAAAGUUUUUGACUUUAAGCACUUUCCCCGGCAGUCAAUUGCUUGGCCUCGAGUUUUUCUUAAGUUCGUGGCUUCUUGGUUUCCUGGUUUCCCUUUCCUGGUUUCCUGAUUAAUUUCUUGGUUUCGUGGGUUCAUGGGUUUGGGGUUUGUUGGUUUUUGUGUCGGAGGUUGUGGGUUUGGGUGUUGGAGGUUGAGGCUUCGGAGGGGAAGUGUUUGCUGAAUUUUAUUGCUCUUAAUAUUUCCAGCAAUUAUAAUUUGCUUGUUCAUGAUGAUACUCUGAUGCUAUGAGCAACAAAUCGGAUGCUGGUCUCUACUUCAUCUUCGUGCUGCUUCUGGUGCCCAUCAUCGUCACACCUACCCCGCCAUCAGGUUCGUCAAAGUCGCACAGCAAGCGAUUGCGCGGACGUUGUUCUGCAAUAAUCCUGACUAUAAUCCCAAUACGAAUCCCGACCAGCGGGACCCCAAUGGUAUGCCGCUGUGCAUGGAUAAGGACCCGUAUGACCGACAAUUGGAGCGAAUCAUCAUUUUGAACGUUGGCCAGGGAAUCUUGAUGGAUUUCGAAGUUUUGGCGAAUCGAACAGGGACCGAAGUGAGCGCAGUAAAUCUGUUUGCGCGUCUUCUCACGGCUACUAAUAAUCCGCAGAGCGAUUUCCGUCACGACGCAGACUUCCAACGAUUCUCCUCCGUGGCUCAGCUGUCAAUGGUAUUGGAUCUACCACAACAUACUUUUGGCUCAUCCUCAUCUUCAAUUAAUAGAAUUCUUCAGUCCUUCAAAACAUACUUGAACUUGUCGUUUCAUCCGAUUCUUGUCGUUUUCUGACUCUGCGUAUCAAAUAAACUUCAACUUCUUGCUUCACUCAGUUGACGUUUUCCGAGUCUGAGUAUCAGGAGGAGCAAGCCAACUUGCAGUUCGAGUUUCUCCGUGCUCGUUACGACGAGGAAACCGGGUGUCAACUGUUCAGUGAUAAAAAACACGACAUCAAUAUGUGUCCUAUCGACUCUGCGCACCGUGCGUCGGCCUUGUGGUUGAGCGUUGGGUUUCUCGCGAUGUGGCCCCUUUUUACGCAGAGGUGGGCAAUCUUCUAA